AGACAAGUCUCAACAUAGCUGUAAACUUUAUGUUUAACAUUAGUACUAAUAUUUGUUGCUUGCAACAUUGGAGGAGAGUUUUGUCUAUGAUGGGCUGUCAAGGGCCUAUUUCGUUCUGUGCUAUAACUGAAUGUACUAGCGUAAUAAAAUAAUUUAGCUUUCAAUAAAAGUUAUUUCUCCUAAUCGCAUUUUGAUUCAAACAUGCGAUUGUUGGUCCUUCGAGCUUUUUAAAAGUUUAGAAUCAGUGAUUCCGUGGUUUUACUACGUAUUUCGUUUGCUGGCUGGGCGAAGGUGACUUGCUAUAUCUUGUCGCCGCCCGCCGCAACCUCGCCCAACCCAUUGUUUGGGCGAAUUAAUCAUCGUGAUUUCGGUUGAUAUUAUCCUGAAAUCGUUUAACUCCGUGCUGCAACAAUCAUUAGGAAAGUUCCCGUUCGUCGGCACAAAGGAAUUUUUGUGCAAGUACCGGCGGAUUUAUUUGAGCGGUACAACGAGAAUACUUUGACAAGGUUGUCAACUCAGGUGGGACUAGAUUGUAAGGUUGGUAGUACGGAUCAUCGGUCGGUGCGUGUGUGCGUGCCUUUAAAGAGUUGGCGGUAAAAGUGACGUUUUUGGCUGUCAAAAGUGACGUCUGUUCAAUAGGAAUUUUCUUCACGGGCUUUGCAACUUGUAAUAAAGUAUUUCAACUGCAAUCAUUAACAAAUUUGUGUUAUCAAAGUGCGGGUUUGUGCUUAAACAGUAUUGAGCGUUUUGUUUCGUGAAAUACAACAAUGGCGGAGCUCAAGAAGUUAAAAAUAAUGCGCGGCCAAGUCAAGGCAACUAUGACUCGCAUCGAGCAGUUUGUCAACGACCCCAAUACCUUAAAUUCCGCCUCUCUUGAUUCCUUGGAGGCUCGUAAGGAGAAGCUAGCCUCUUCCCUCAAAGAUUACGAGGGAAUCCAACUGGACAUAUUGAGCCUUGAUGACAAGGACACAGAGGAUGCAGGUGACUUUGAGGACCGCUACUUUAACACAAUAGCGAAGAUUAAUGAGGCGCUCAGGUCUCUAAGAGGGUCAGAUACAGUUCAAGCUGCUGGUGUCUCUUCAUCAAAGUUGCCCCAUGUUGACAUACCAGUGUAUAAUGGAAGCCUCCGUUGGGGACCGCUUGGCCUUUGUGCAGGAGAAGAAGCUGUGUGCAGUUUGUAUAAACUCUCACUUGGAUAAACCUUGUAAGUACAAGUUCAAAUGUAAAUUAUGUAAGGGUCAUCAUAAUACCCUUUUGCAUACAGAGGAUUCUGUAGAGGCCAAUCAAUCAGUGGCAGCAUCUAUUGUUUUGACAUGUGUCAAUAAAACAUCUUAUAAAAAGGUAUUACCUACAAUUAAGGUUAAAAUUGUUGAUAAAUUUGGCCGUGAUGUUUACUGCCGCGCAUUGCUUGACACCGGCUCAAGUGAAUCCUUUGCCACAACUUCUCUUGUAGAAAGACUAGGUUUUGCCACUGUGGCAGAAUGUGAAAAUAUAAUUGGUGUUGCAAAACAAACCACCAUCAUGGAUAGGUCAGUAAUUAUUCCUGUGGAGUCUUGUCAAUAUCAAGAUGUUAAGUUUAAUGUUGACUGUCAUGUUGUCAAAGAUGUAACGGCACAUUUGCCACCACAGUAUGUUGAUUGUUCCAAGUUAAAAUUUCCUAGCCAUGUCAAACUUUCUGAUGAAAACUUUAAUGAACCAUCUGAAAUUUCGAUGCUACUAGCAAGUGAUAUUUAUUUUGAGUCAUUAUUAAAUGAUUGUAUCAAAUUGCCUGAAGGGCUUGUCUUGCAAAGCACCUUAUUUGGUUAUGUUGUUGGUGGCAAGAUAAGCCAAUCUGGUAAUGUCUCAAACACUGCUCUGGUGACAAAUUUUGCCAUUAGUGACACUACAAAGUUAGAAAAUGUUAUGAGUCAAUUUUGGCUAGCUGAAAAAGUGCCAGAACCCCAACAAAAGGUUUCGGAUGAAUUUGAAAAGGCGGAAAAAAUAUUUCAGAAGUCUGUCACUCUCAAUGAUAACAAAUUUCAGGUGGACAUUCCACUAAAGCACCCCUUAGGUGAACUAAAUUUGGGUAACUCUUUUUCGGCUGCCUUACAAAGAUUUUACUCAAUAGAGAGAAAAUUUAUGAAAAAUGUAGACUUGCUAGAGCGGUAUAAAAAAUUCAUUGAUGAAUAUGUUGAAAUGGGUCAUGCUAGGGAGGUCGACAUUAACUCUUAUGAUAUUUUGAAUGGACCAGUAAGCUUUUUAGCGCAUCAUCCAGUUUUCAAUGAGGCCAGUAAAAGUACAAAGCUUCGCGUGGUGAUGGACGGAAGCAUGAAAUCCAAAAACAAGCUGUCUGUCAAUGAUGUCAUGCUGAAUGGACCUGUGGUGCAGGGUGAGCUCUUUGACAUAUUAAUUUUGUUUCGGACAUAUUUAUUCACCUUGAUAUGUGAUGUUCAAAAAAUGUUUAGGUGCAUUUUGGUCAGCCCUGAACAUAGAUGUCUUCAAAAUAUCCUUUGGCGGGACAGUCCUGGCCAGCCCAUCCGCUGCCUUCAGCUUCAGACAGUUACAUAUGGCCUAAAGAGCUCUACAUUUCUAGCUACUAGGUGUUUGGUUGAGCUUGUAAAAUUAUUUGGAUGCAAUUACCCGCUUGCGUCCCAAGCCAUUUUAAGUAAUACAUAUGUUAAUGAUGUCAUAACUGGUUCAGAUAAUAUCAACGAACUACACCAACUUAAAAAUGAGUUGAUUGACUUAUUUAAAUUAGGUUAUUUUAAUUUACAUAAAUGGUGCUCUAGUUACCCAGCUGUUCUGGACGAUUUGCCAGAAAAUUUGAAAUAUCUUGAACAAAUACAUCUUGAUUCAAGUAAUGUCAUAAAAACAUUAGGUCUGAGAUACGACAUUACCUCAGAUACUUUGACAUUUGAGUGUCCCCCCUAUGAUGAGGACAGCAAUCAUACAAAAAGAACAGUUCUGUCAUUUAUUGGAAAAUGUUAUGAUCCUCUAGGUCUCAUAGCUCCUAUUAUAGUUCCAGCAAAAAUAUUUAUGCAGGUUUUGUGGUCUAUGCCCUUGGGCUGGGACACAGCUUUACCAGAUGCUGAACAUGAGACAUGGAAAAAAUUUCUUGCCAAUUUAAAGAUGAUGGGUAAAGUUUCUUUACCGAGGUUAGUCUAUAGUCACGAAUGUCAGUUGGUAGAGUUAGUGGGUUAUGCAGAUGCAUCAUUCAAAGCUUUUGGCUGCUGCAUUUAUGUAAGAGUUUUUAAAGCUGAUGGAGGUGUAGACUCAAAAUUACUUUGUGCCAAAUCAAAGGUGGCCCCGCUGGCCAAAAGCCUUACUAUUCCACAGCUGGAACUUAACAGCGCUCUACUAUUGGCACAGCUGGCGUCUAGAGUCAGCGAAAAACUAAAAGCUAGAUUUGCGCAUAAUACAUAUUUUUACAGUGACUCACAAAUAGUUUUGUGCUGGCUCAAGUCUACCAAAACAAAAGUCAAUACUUAUGUUAAUAAUAGGGUGAAGAAAAUUCUAGAGCUCACAAACCAGGACCAGUGGUCCUAUGUAAGAUCAUGCGAAAAUCCCGCGGAUUUAAUUUCACGCGGAGUGGAGCCCCAAAUUUUGCAAGGAAAACAAUUGUGGUGGGACGGCCCUAAAUAUUUGUCACACAGGGAUUAUGUGCACCCUGCAUUUGAUACUCUCAGUCAGGCCUUACAUGAUAAGCAUUUAGAUAUUAAUAUUAACGAGGAUUUAUCUUGCAAUUUUAGUCAGCGGGACGAUUCAUUUGCACAUCUCUUUGAAAAAUAUUCUAGUCUACAUAGGCUUCAAAAUGUUAUAGCUUAUAUCUAUCGCUUUUAUAAAAAUGCUUCAAAAGCAGGUGAUAGAUCAGACUCUACCUUGCUAACCCCUAAAGAGCUACAAGAAGCGUUGCUUGUCAUAAUAAAAAAUGUGCAAAGGAAACAUUUUUCUAAGGAAAUAGACACACUGUUGGCGGGUAAGUCACUUAAAUCAGGGAUAGCAGACUUACAUCCUUUCGUGGACCAGUGUGGUGUCCUUCGUGUGGGCGGCAGGCUGCAAAAUGCCGACAUUUCGCAAGCCAGAAAGCAUCCACCUAUUCUCCCGAAGGGGUCAUUUUUCACUUCGUUAUUGAUUAAAACGGAGCACUUGCGUCUUUUGCAUUUAGGUGCCAGAGCUGUUCUGAGUUCCUUAGCUCAAAAAUAUUGGAUAAUUAAUGGUAUUAGGGAAGUAAAGAAGGUAGUGAACAAGUGUGUCACAUGCUUGCGUCUGAAGGCUGAAGCUGCAAAGCAGUUGAUGGGCUCUUUGCCUGUAGAGAGGAUUACAGCUAGUAGGGCUUUCCAGUAUGUUGGGAUUGAUUUCUGUGGUCCAUUUAGCACGAAAAUUGCUAGAAUACGAAAACCUCUUGUUACUAAAAGCUACAUUGCCCUUUUUGUAUGUUUCGCUACAAAGGCGAUACAUGUAGAGUUAGUGUCGAACCUUACAACUGAAACCUUUCUAGCAUGUCUCAAUCGUUUCAUAUCUAGACGUGGCAUGCCCACUCUAAUUUAUUGUGAUAACGCUAAAACUUUUGAAGGUGCUGCAAACCAGCUCAAAGGAUUGUAUGAUUUACAAUGUUCGAAUGAACAUAGAGAAUCUGUGUAUCGAUAUUGUAAUAAAAAAUAUAUCUCAUUUAAGUUUAUACCAAGCUAUGCGCCUCUUUUCGCGAAUUCGCGAGUUCUCUCAAUUGGUCCCAAAAUUGUCCGGCAUUAUCCCAACAUACCUUACCCAGAUUGUCAUUGCCAUACGUUCUUCAAUAAGACGGCACAAGUUUAGCCCCAUCGUACUACUACUACUAUUUAGAUUGUAGGUUAACCGUACCUACUUACAAAAUUUCACAACACACCAUGAUCACACCCAACUUAUUGUCACGGAUAGGUACGAUGACCGAAGCAAGAACAUCAUUCUUUUUUGCAGUCUUUAUCAAAAUAGUAAUUAAUAGAUACAGUAUAAUAUAAUAAUUAAAAACAAUAUUAUGUGAUAACAUCAAAAACAACUUGCGUCGGCAGCGCAGGAUAAAUUCCGGCCGGCUCGCCGGCGAUGUCAACGGAACGGCGCGCAAUGAGUGAGCGCUCGC